AUGCCAAUCACGCGGGUAUGCUGCCUCGUCUGUGGCUCGAAGAUUGAGGACCAGUCUAUUGAUCCCCCUUGGCUGGGCCGAUUCCGUGUCCUGUACGCGACCGAGGAAGAACCGAACUUUGCGCGACUUUCUGGCCUCGGAAGUCGCCAACAGUUCUCCGACGUCGUGCGUCUCGACGCUGCCGACACCGAUGCCGACGCAGAACUGGUUGACAUUUGGUUGAUGAGAACGAACUUCGGCGACCAGCCCCUGGCAGUUCCUGAGGCUGUAGAUCCACCAGUAUGGGGUUUUCCGCUUCAUGCAGCCUGCUGGAGCAUUAUGGCAGAGGUCUGCUCUCCCCACAAGCCCGACAUCCAAUUGUUUUUUGACCUUUGCCGCUCCUUCCCAGUCGACCUGGGAAUCCUGAACUGGGGACAUGACUACGCCGGGUCGGUUUGCUAUCUUGUACAUCAAUCAGAGCUCGCUGCCGGUGAGGAAUCCCAGCUCUGGAAUACAAUCCGCGCGGGGACCCACCGCUAUGAUCCUCUCAAUAUCCCGGAGAUAAGUCGUGUCUUCGAGCACUCAAACCCAGAUAUCGUCGAUUUUGGCCCCGUCGCUCUACCGCGGGUGGACACGAAAAGCGGCUACAGGGACGACUUCGCUCGGCUUCCUAUCGAGCUGCUACAAGUGAUCCUCACAUACCUUCCGACGGCCGACGCUGGCUCUCUGCGGCGAGCCUCCCGUAUUUUCGGAGCGAUUCCUCUGCAUGACGAGUUCUGGAGGUCUCGCUUCUGGCCUGGACGGGAGUUUGACUUCAUCUUCGAGUCCAAGCAGUAUUUUCCGCUCGUGAAGGGCCGAUGGCGAUCUAUUUACUUCUCCAUCAAGGCGUUGAGCGCCUGCCCACCUGUGGCUAAUAGACAGCGGAUCUGGAAACUGGGGUCGUGUCUCUGGAAUCUGCUGUCCGAGGCGCAAACAAAGCUCAACGGCAAACUUCUGGGUGAUCCUUCAGGGUCCGACGCUGGCCCAUCGGAGCCCGAUGUACAUUGGUCCACGGCCAGCAGGGCGAUCAUUCCUCUGAACGAAUCUUUCACAUUCGGAGCAAGGGUGCUCUACGAUCGUAUGAUUCCCGUUCCCGACCAGCUAGCAGCACUCUUUGUGUCGACAGUCGAAAUCUACGGCAGGCACUAUGUUUCCGGGAUCCGCUUCCAACAGAGAAGCGGCAAUUCUUUCAGCCUGGGAUACAUACGACAGCUUCAGGAAACCCGACUAGUGGACUAUCAGCGCGGUAUCCGCGGCCUCUCCGUCAUCAACGCAAACACCAAACGCCGUUCACAGUGGGUCGGAGACAGUGAAAGCAUUCCCAGGAGGAGGCUUGUUCCAGGCUCGGACCUUCGCAGCACCGUCAAGUUUCUGAAGGGCGGGUUUGACGCUCGCGACGACGUCUUGAGCUUGCGAGACUCGGUGCUCUGGUUUCCGGAUGUACCUUUGCCGCACCUCAAGUUUUCGGGCGCGCAGCACAUGAAAACUCGGAAGGAAGACUUGCCUGUUUCAACGUUCGUCUUUGGCGGCUACCAAGGCCAAGACUUGGGAAAGCUUCUCCGUCUAACCGUCGAUGUUAAGAUGGAUGACACUAUAUUAGCCCUCGAGGCUGCUCUCUCUGACGGUCUACCCCCCAUCCGCGCCGGCAUCUCCAAAACUGGCAAGUCUGUUGAGAGGUUGGAGUUCGAGAUAGACGGUCCUGCGGGGGAACGAAUCAUUUCCGUCGAGUCGUUCUGGAUAAGAGCGAACACGUUCUUAGGGUUCAAGGUAAGCUAUCCACAACUCGGCUACAUCCUCUCUGAUCACCACUAA